UCAAGACCUCCGAGAAACGCAGAUUUGAAUGCAACUUGUUGACGUCUCUGUGAUCUCUCCCGGCGCAGAGUGGAUCGCAUCAGCACUGAGAAGCCCCAGUGUCUCCGUCCGGGGGUUUAAUUGUUGAUGGAGACAAUGAGAGCCUUGAUGCAUCAGAUGGAGCUUCACACUUGUUUUUCCUUUCUUUUUUUUCUUUUUUUUUUACACUUUUCACACAUUCUGCCCGCUGAACUCUGGAAAAAGAAAUUUUUGAAGUAACUGUUGUCAAGUCGUUUAGUGAGCGGGAUUCCAUAAAUUCGAGUCGCUCAAGUUUGCGGGACAACUGAAAUGACCGGUUUUAAAUGCUUAACAGAGACAAAUGCGCUCUACCUGUUCGAAGAACCAAUCGCAAUUAACAGCAACACCUACAGAAACUGUGGCUGGUUCCCUCAACGUAACCCGUCCGUCUUUCAUUUGUCCGUACUGGACGUGCGUAAAUGAAGGACGCCGCUGCCGGGAUUCCCUGAUUGCCUUUGUGCACCGCUUUUGUUAAAGAGAAAGAGGAGAGAAAAUCGUCAAUAUGAAGGAAAAAGACAUGGAUUAAGAUGCCACAGAGGAAACUUCAUUGAAGUCUGACAAAACCUUCUCAGCUGUAUGGACGCAACAACUGAGAGUUUACCUGACAAUGAAGAGGAGAUGCUAAUACAUUUAACACUGGGAACUUAUAUAACUGCCAAAAGCUGUAUGGAUAUCAAACAAUUACAUACAAGUGGAUUGGGUGACUAGGAAUUUUCCUCUGUUUCUGGCGUAUUCAAUGUGAACCAUGUUACUGUAAUGUUCUGGCUUUCCAAUAUUAUCAAAGACAUGACGCACAGCCAAGUUUCAGUACAAACCUCAAUUUAGAAGGCUUCACGUGGACUUGAGAAUAGAUAAAAGAGAGACAACAAGCAAACCUGUGUAUCUGUCGUCAUCUUCUUCCUACAUGCAGCUCCCCGCUUAGCUUUAUUGAAAAGGAGGAGACCAUUAAAGCAUUUGAUAGAUAGGAAGGCUUGGUCUGAAGGUGUUGUUGUCGGCUGGCUGCCGGUUGGAGAUGAGAUAAGAGCACUGGGAAGAGAGAAAAGUGCCUGUCUGACAGGAGCUGAAUACAAAUUAGGGUUCGUCUCUCCUGCAGCUACACCAGUGAGGCGAAUCGAUAUUAUAGAAGCGAGAUGGACAAAUUAGUCGACUUCAAUUACAAGAGCAUUAGUUGUGAACUGAAAUGAUGGAAUUAGAUGUUUGCUAAAGGUUGCAUUGUAAUACAAGAGAUGGAAAAUGAAGGAAAAUAAAGAGGAUCAAAGAGAAGCUCCUUCAUUUUCUAUAGCCAAAACCAACGGUGCCAAGCCACUGUACAGCCUCUGUCAGUGCCAUGCCUGAACUGAUCCAUGUGCCAUUUCAGAUAACAGUGAUGAGGCUGGUCUAAACCUUGGAGAAAAUAGGGUUUUAAAGGAGCAGAGUCGAGAUGGAGAUAGAUAAUAGCUCACUGGACUACUUUACCAGCAACUUCACAGAGAGUCCUGACACCACCACAACUCCGCCCUGGAGUGAGGCCACGCUACUCGGCCUCCAGAUCUCGCUGUCUGCGCUGUUAGCUGUGGUCACCCUGGCUACUGUGCUUUCAAAUGCCUUUGUCAUCGCCACCAUCUUUCUGACCAGGAAGCUCCACACACCUGCCAACUUCCUGAUCGGCUCCCUUGCCGUCACAGACCUGCUGGUGUCUAUUUUAGUCAUGCCGAUUAGCAUCGUCUACACUGUCAGUAAGACCUGGUCGCUGGGGCAGAUUGUUUGUGACAUCUGGCUGUCGUCUGAUAUCACGUUCUGCACGGCCUCCAUCUUGCACCUGUGUGUGAUCGCACUGGACCGCUAUUGGGCCAUUACAGACGCACUGGAGUACUCAAAACGCCGCACCAUGCGCCGGGCGGGGGUCAUGGUAGCUGUGGUGUGGGUGAUCUCUAUAUCGAUUUCCAUGCCUCCUCUUUUCUGGCGGCAGGCCAAAGCCCACGAGGAGCUGACGGAGUGCAUGGUGAAUACAGAUCAGAUCUCUUACACCCUAUACUCCACCUUCGGCGCCUUCUACGUACCCACAGUGCUCCUCAUCAUUCUCUACGGACGGAUCUAUGUCGCCGCCCGCUCCCGCAUCUUUAAGACGCCAUCGGCCUCGGGAAAACGUUUCACCACAGCACAGCUCAUCCAGACCUCUGCAGGCUCCUCUCUCUGUUCCCUUAAUUCUGCCUCCAACCAGGAAGCACACCUACACUCUGGCAAUGCGGGAGGUGGAGGAGGAGGAGGGGGAGGAUCGCCUCUGUUCAUGAAUAGUGUGAAAGUGAAGCUGGCAGACAGCGUGCUGGAGAGGAAACGUCUGUGUGCAGCUCGGGAGAGGAAAGCGACCAAGACAUUGGGCAUCAUCCUGGGUGCAUUCAUUGUCUGUUGGCUCCCGUUCUUUGUCGGCACGCUUGUCAUGGCCAUAUGUAAAGAGUGCUGGUUUGAUCCAGUGCUUUUUGAUAUAUUCACCUGGCUGGGAUACCUGAACUCCCUCAUCAAUCCUGUUAUCUACACUGCAUUCAACGAUGAGUUCAAACAGGCUUUCCAAAAACUCAUGAAAUUCAGACGGUGCUCCUGAAAGACUCCACAGUGGAUUAAAACUGACAUCUGUUGGAAAAAACAGGGAGUGAAAAAAGAGAAAGACAAACAGCAUAAUAAUCAUAAUGACAGUAUAGUACACUUAAAUGUUCCAUCUUGUAAACACAUGCUAAUUGUGAUGUUUGUUUGUUUUUACCUCAAACAGCUCCGUGCCAUAGCGCUUUAGAUCCCUACAACAUAUCCUUCAUAUAGACUUAUGCAUGCAUGCUUAAAAAAAAAAGAUGAUAUUUUUAACCCCAAAAACUAUAGAACUCAUCUUAAAAAGAUAAAGAAAGGGGAUGUGAAGUCUAUUUCAUGUCACAGGGACACAAUAUCUUGGACAAAAGCAAAGAAGAAGAAGAAGAAGAAGAAGAAGAAGAAGAAGAAGAAAAGGAUUACAGUUACUGUAUGGAACGAGCAAACUCAGAGUGACUGGAUUUAAUCCAGUGGAAAGAAAAGCCAUGAAAUAUAUGUUGUCUUAAUCUCUGUGUCAUACUGUAUCUGCUGCUCACAUAUAAUGCUUCUGUGGUACAGUAAAGUUCUUACUCUAGAGAUUCAGUAAAACUGUCGCCAUAUAUGCAAUUAUAUUUUAAAGUGGUUUGUCUGUGUGUCUGUCUGUAUGAGUGUGUGUAAAGGUAGUUACUUUACUGUAAUAUAUGCGUGUUUGAAGAAGGGAGGACUGUCGAGUGUUUGACAUUCAUACAUGCUAUUCCAGUGAAGCUUGUCUCGUAAUUACAGAGACUGAAAUGGAAAACAACAUUUUCUCUCUGAAUUUUAAGCAACCCCCAGUGUCAUAGCAACAAAUAAACCCAUUCAAAAAUCUUAUGAAACGAUAUGCUCGAGCAAAAAGGACGAUAUAGGGGCAAAUGUUCAGAGUUACAGCUACUGAGGGCAAAUUGAGAAUUACCAAUUUUUGCAAUUGAAUGUGUUUAUUUAAAUGUAAAUGCUUGUUUUGCCGUUACAGAGUGUCAUUGGCAGAUUAUACGUGUCUUUAAUAGUGUCUUCAUGAAA